AUGGUGGAAGGGAUUGCCGCAUAUGGUGUAGGAUUUAAGCCUCCAUCAAUGCAUGAGCUGAGGACUUGGAUCCUUAAGGAAGAAGUUGGCGACAUUAAUACGAUGAUGGAAGAACAUAAGAAAGCUUGGGCAGAGUAUGGAUGUACUAUUAUGUCUGAUGGUUGGACUGAUGGUAAAAAUAGAGUACUAAUAAACUUUCUUGUGAAUAGUCCAGCAGGUACUUGGUUUUUGAAAUCUAUUGAUGCAUCUGAUUCCAUAAAAAAUGGAACGUUAUUGUUCAAAUAUUUAGAUGAUGUUGUCAAAGAAGUUGGAGAGGAGCAUGUCAUUCAAGUAAUAACAGAUAAUGCUUCCAAUUAUAAGAAUGCUGGAGUGAAACUUAUGGAGAAGAGGAAGAAGUUAUGGUGGACUCCAUGUGCUGCCCACUGCAUUGAUUUGAUGUUAGAAGAUAUUAGCAAAAUGAAAGUUUUUGAAGAUACAAUUAGACUAGCCAAGCAAGUAGUGAAGUUUAUUUAUGGGCAUACAUGGGUUCUUGCUUUGAUGAGAUCUUUCACGAAAAACAAAGAGAUAAUUCGCCCUGCAAUCACACGGUUUGCCACUUCUUAUCUUACUCUUCAAAGCAUCUAUAAGCAAAAGCAACCUCUUCAGGCAAUGUUUUCUUCUAGAGAAUGGCACAAUGGACCAUUUGUCCAACAUAAUGAAGGUAUUAGGGCUCACUCAACUAUACUAUAUGAUGUUAAUUUUUGGUCCUGUGUUGCUUUCUGCAUCAAAAGUGGUAUUCCAUUAGUAUCGGUUUUAAGAGAAGUUGAUUCAGAGGAGAGACCUGCUAUGGGAUUUAUUUAUGAGUUAAUGGAUGUUGCAAAAGAGAAGAUUUCUUUUAAUUGUGGAAAAGUUGAAAGAAAGUAUAAACCAAUUUGGAGAAAAAUAGAUGAAAGAUGGGGCCCACAACUCCAUCAACCUUUACAUGCUGCUGGUUAUUAUUUGAACCCUCAAUUGCGUUAUGAAGAAACCUUUUCUAAUGCUGAUGAAGUGAGGAAGGGAUUGGAAGAUUGCAUGACUAGGAUGUUGUCUUUUGAGGAUCGUAUGACUGCUGAUAUCCAGUUGGACUUGUAUGAUGAGGCAAAAGGAGAGUUUGGAAGUCGUCUUGCAGUGAAUUCAAGGAAACUACGAACUCCAGCAAAUUGGUGGAAGCUUUUUGGAAGGGACACACCUGAGUUGACAAAGUUUGCUAUUCGGGUCCUUAGCCUUACUUGUAAUGCAUCUGGGUGUGAGAGGAAUUGGAGCACAUUUGAGCAGGUAAAAGCUAUGCUUAUGGAUGAAGAUGAUGAGAUAGAUAAAGAUCCUUCAACAUUUGAUAGUGGGAAAUAUCCUUUUCAUAUUGAUACAGUUGAUCAAUAUGACAGUGAUGCUAGUUUGAAUGAUAUUAGUGUUGAGGAGUGGGAUGAGUGA